UCUCAUACGCAAAGAAUGUCCGACGUUGAAAGUUCCGGUUCAUAUUUGGGUUUGGAGGAUCCGCAGUGGCUAUGCAUGGUCACGCUGUUCUUCGCGUCGCUGGUCACCCUGCUCCUGUACUUCGUGCAGUCUUUCCAACAACGGGGCGGGGGACGCGAGCGGCCAGCGGCCCGGGACGAUGCGGCGCAGGAGGAAGCCGCGGCGCUGCUGGCAUGGGCGCUGUCACUGGAGAGCUGGAAGGGCCAGUGGAGAGGAGCCUGGUGCAGUGCUUUGAAUGAGCGGUCGAGGAAGAGCGGGAGUCCGGUUCUGUUAACAUUUGAGGAGGAUGAUGAUCUGGAGGCAUCGGAGCUCAAGGUCAGCCACGUGUCCAGCUUUCAGAAGUCUGCCAAAUACAAGACCGCCCGCUGCAGUGUGGUCGGGGAGCGGCUUCAGUUCUCCCUUGGUGCAUCAUCGGCAGCCACGGCUACAGCGGACCCUUGUAAAUACACCGUCUGUAUAGCUCCGGUGGAGCUGCAGCUUGACCUGCAGAUGCAAGAAGCUGCCGAUGUGGUCAAGGUGAGCUGGGGAGUGUCUCAAUUGGAGCCACGGGAGCUGCAAGUGAAGCCGACCUUCCCCCAGAACAACGGCAACACCUCCAGUGUGGCAGCUGUAAAGGAGCAGUUGACGCAGCUGCUGUGUGCGACGCGCCCCUCUGUGUUGCUGAGCUGCAGGCCCGCUCAGGCUUCACAGGUCAAGGAAGCAUGCAACAACUUGCUUUCACCCCCCAAACCCCCCCGCGCCCACGACUGGAAGCUGCUGGUGAAGAACAUCCGAGUGACACUGAACCAGGAGGAGGGUGCUGCAGGCAGCACGAAUCCCCUGUGUGUGAUGCAGCUCGACGAUCCUCCACAGAGGCUGAACACCACCGUUCUGAAGAACACAAACAAUCCUGCCUGGGACCAGCCGUUCAUCUUUGAAUUGAACGGACGAUCAAAAGCGCUCAAAAUUCAGUUAAUAAAUGAUGGACAACCUCAAGAGAGCUCAUUACUCGGCGAGGUGUCUGUGCCUUUUGACCUCGUCAAGAAGCAGCCCAAAGGACAGCAAACGUUUGCUCUCAUGACUAAAGACGUAGUGACUGGAUCACUAACUACUGAUUUUACCUAUCUGGAGCCCAGUGAGGUGAGGUUGUGGCACCCUCCCACCCCAGCCUCCAAUAAGAGGGUGGAGAUGGACCGUACAGUCAUGCCCUGUGGCACGGUGGUCACCACCAUCACCGCCGUGAAGAGCAAGCCGGGCCGCCCCCCCCUUCUUGGACUCAACUUAGAUCCUGCCCAGAAAGCGGUGGCCACCAAGUCUAAGCUGUCGGAGCGCCGCGUGUCGGAGCAGGCGUCUAUGAUGGGGGCCACCGUCAGCAAGGCCUUGUCCUCCUCGGACACCGAGCUGCUGAUGCUCAAUGGCACCGACCCCGUGGCCGAGGCCGCCAUAAGACAGCUCCACCAGUCCGCUAAGCAGAAGCUCAAGUCCCCGGUGAAGAAGAGUACAAUCAUCAUCUCUGGCAUCACCAAAACGCGCUUGUCUCAGGACGACGAGCUCGCUCUGAUGGCGGGCUACGCCGCGGCGAUGGACGCGUCCAUGUCAGAGAGCAGCGCCACUCAGGACGUGACCACGGCGAUCGCAACCGGGUCCAGUAGCCCUCCAGACACGUCCGAGCCUAAUGCGGUCCCCAGUGGAAUCGGCCGGCCCCCGGAGGACUGGGAGAGCCAGACCGGAGAGGGGCUGGACAACAGCUCGCUGUCCAUGUGCAUGUCCGAGGCCAGCUGCAAGAAGAGAAGAGGCAGCUUCCUUCAGAAGAGCGCCAAGCUCUUCUUCCGGCGCCGUCACCAGCGCAAGGAGCCGGGCAUGAGCCAGUCGCACAAUGACCUGGUGUACCUGGAGUCUCCGGGCGCGGUGGAGCAGGCCAGCCGGACGGCCACGCUCAGCCGCAUGCUCAGCCGCAGGAGUAAGAACAAGGGCAAAGCCAACGGCGCUACCUCCACGGGGGAGCCACUUGCGUGACCCCUUCAGGCCCUCCGCCGAACAACUACUACCAUCACCGCCUCCACCUCAAUCUUGCACUGGCGUACUUCCUGGCUCAGCAACUCCCCCGAACGCCCAGCAUGCAGCCGCCUCCCGUGUUGGGAAAGCUGUGCAGAUGGGUGUGGGGGGGGGGGAAUAUCCUCUUUUAAACUGCUGUUUCCUGCUUCCUGUUCCAGAGGCAGAUAUUCCACCGAAAGCAAGCGUAAAGUUCUCCUGGCUUAGUUUAACGGCAUUUCAGAGGAUAUUGUUUUGCAUGUUUCUUUAAUUCAAAUUGUAUGCAACAUUUUUUUAACUCUUUGAAGCGCUUUUGUGGCCUUUUUUUACCGGCAGACGGACAGACGUGGCCUGUCACUCUUUACCUCACUGACACUGAGGGCGAAGGUAAACUCCCUGCUGUAAUCCGAACGCUUCCAAAGGUGGACCAACAGGACCAAAGAUGAGCGGCGUUUGUAUGAUUUGCACAAUUGGAGUAUCUUUUAUUUAAAGUGCAAUGACGGGAGCUGCUCUUGUAUCACAUUCACAAAGCCAGAUGGUAACGCGACUACUCUUUUACACUAAUACGAUCAAAUGUGGUAUUUAUAUUGGAAAAAGAAGCAGUGAAACUGUGGUUUACAUGGAACUUUAGCUCCAUGAGAGCAUUUUCAAAUGAUAUGCAACUUUCUUUGUCUUCCUAAAAGAGUCCACCUGUACACUACUGUCAUCAGCAGGGUUGUUAAUGUGUCUAAAGGGAACCCGGAAGAACCUUUAAUCCAGGGACUGUGACGUUGCACUCGGCCGUACUCGCAGCAUAACGUACUAAGGAAAAUCCAUCCGGAAUGAAGUCCUCCAAUCUUUUAUCGGAUUUGUUGUUGUUUUUAAAAGAGGUAGCUUUGAACACAUGAACAAGAGAACACGUGAACAAACACCUUUUGGGAGCAACCAAAUAGUUUGGCUGCUCUUGUUUCUUUUUCAUCCAGCUAAUGAUUGUAGUUUUUUUUUUUUUUACGAGCAGCUUGUUGAAUACAUUUUCUGUACAACGCGUUAAAUACUGUCAAUAAUCUACUCCGAGAAGGCAUGAGACGGACAAACAUAUUGCCUUACAAUUAGUCAGGAUCACGUCACAGCUGAGUCGACUUGUCCUUUUGGUUCCUGAGGGCUGAAAAAACAACAGUUGUCAACAAGUGUCAUUUGAAGUACUUGCACAAACUGGGAGUCCUCUCUUCUCACCAUCCUGCAGUAUGUUCUAAAACAUAUAAAAGCCCAGAUUUAUACUGAAAAGAUCUUUCAGACAGAAUCACAUUUUAACUGAGAGGAGAGAGGGUUAUUUUAAUCAAGCUCAGCUUCAGAACUUCUAGCAGCCUGUAAGCUUUGGCCGCUGUCAUGCAUUCAGUGAGCAGAAGGGCUGCUUGUGGUUAAUAACUUCAUGAUAGGGUUUUUAUUUUCAUGGGCAUCUGCUCUGCACAGGAGCUGACUGGCAGGACGUCAGUCAUUUCCCCUGCAGGGAUUGUAACUAAUAUACCUGUCGAGUUAUUUUAUUCUGAGCAAUAAAUAUUGAUUGAAUAACUGAG